GUUGAAAAGAUUCCGUCGUAAAGAUGGUUCAUGAGACAGGCUAUUAUGACCUUUUAGGUGUGAGUCCCAAUGCCAGCCCAGACGAAAUCAAAAAAGCAUAUCGAAAACUUGCGUUAAAAUACCACCCAGACAAGAACCCCAGUGAAGGAGAAAAGUUCAAAUUGAUAUCACAGGCAUAUGAAGUUUUAUCCGAUCCAAAGAAAAGGGAUCUGUAUGACCAAGGUGGAGAACAAGCUAUCAAAGAGGGUGGAAUGGGAGGGCAGUUUUCUUCACCUACAGACAUUUUCAACAUGUUUUUUGGAGGUGGAGGCAGGAUGCACAGAGAAGAGAGGAGAGGUAAGAAUGUUAUUCAUCAGCUCAGUGUUACAUUGGAGGAGAUGUACAAUGGAGCAACAAGGAAACUUGGUCUUCAAAAGAACGUGAUCUGUGCAAAAUGUGAUGGCUAUGGAGGGAAGAAGGGAACGCUUGAGAAGUGUUCAAGUUGCAAGGGUAGAGGAGUUCAGAUCAAGGUACAGCAGAUUGGACCAGGCAUGAUCCAGCAAAUCCAGAGUAUGUGUCCUGACUGCCAGGGUCAGGGGGAAAAGUUCAACUCAAAGGACCGCUGUAAGAACUGCAAUGGGCACAAAGUGGAACGCAAGAAGAAAAUUAUUGAAGUUCACAUUGACAAAGGUAUGAAGGAUGGCCAGAAAAUAACAUUCCAUGGUGAAGGUGACCAAGAACCUGGAUUGGAACCUGGUGAUGUCAUCAUUGUGCUAGAUCAGAAGGAACAUGAGAUUUUCCAGAGACAAGACGAUAACCUGAUCAUGAAAAUGGAUAUCAAACUAGUUGAAGCUCUCUGUGGGUUCAAGAAAACCAUUUGCACCUUGGAUAACAGAAUGCUCAUAAUUACUUUGCCACCAGGUCAAGUUGUGAUGCAUAAAGACGUCAAAGUUGUUCAGAAAGAAGGCAUGCCCAUUUACAGGGACCCUUAUGACAAAGGACAACUAAUCGUUGCGUUUGAGGUGGGAUUCCCGCAGAAACACUGGCUUCCAGAGCACCUCUUGCCUCAACUGGAAAGGUUGCUUCCCCCCAGGGACGAAGUCAUGCUUACUGAUGAAAUGGAAGAAGUACAUCUCUGUGAAAUGGACUAUCAGUCCCAGCAGAGGAGUUAUUCCAGAGAAGCCCAUGAGGAGGAUGAGGAUGGUCCCAGAAAGGGUGUACAGUGUCAGACACAGUGAAUGUAACCAUUAAUCAAUAUAAUGCCAGCGAUUUGCAUGACACUCACUAGUCAGAAUCCAAAUAUCCUGUACAUGGUUUGACCCAAGCCUUACGUAAGAGGUUCCUGUCCUUGCGUUUUGCAGAAGUGAUUUGUCUAGCCAAAUUGUUAGUUAAAAAGCCAUCCGUUGUUGUUUUCUUGUUACUUCUGUGUAUUGACAGAGUUUGUGGUGUUCUUUAGUCAACCUGAUUAUAUGAGAGAAGGACUUGGGCACACAUUGCUUUUUCAUUCUGAUUCAUUUCUAGAAGUGCUGUAUGCUUUCCAUGAAGGCACUUUCAGUGUUUCCUCAAUAUCUUUGUCAAAAAUGAACAUAGAAACUUCAGACCUGUUUCACAUUAUUCUACCCCUAGCUGACCAAGUUGUCCAAGCUUUGGUUUGGUGAUAAAGAUGAUUAUUGAUUAACC